UGAUGGUGGAAGUUGUUAUGAAUUUUAGCCAUGCAAUCAAUGGAUUGAUAAUGGCUAAUUAUAUAAAUUAAAUAUAAUAUUACGUUCAUUAUUAUUACAGUUAUGCUCCUCUUGCUUUUCUUGGCUCCUCGUUCGAUUUCUCUUGCAUUGCGUUCAUUCGUUUUUUCAAGAGAUAAAAAGAGAGAGGAAAAGUAUGUCCAUUUCAGAUUUUAUGCUUGUUCUUGUAUCUAUGGCAUUGUAUAUCUUUCUUGUCUUGAUUUCAAUUUUCUUUUUCUCCUCUUUCCCAUUUAGUAAAUGAUCUUUUCAUGUUCAUAUUUCCAGUUUAAUUUCUUGCUUUGUUUCUGUCUUAUUGUAUGCAUUAUUUGUCUCCUUUGAGCAUUUAACAUUUUGGAUGUGGACAGAGUUCUUGCUCGUACCAGAAAUUGUACAAUAUUCAGAAUUCAACAUGGUUUUGGUUCUUUAUUUUCUUCAUUUCUUGAUGUUGGCUGUCAGAUCUUAAAGGGUAUAGUCAAUUUUGUUAUACAUUUUGUUCUUUUUGAUGGAGUUUCUAAAAUGGAGAAAUUUAUUGUCAUUUUGCCCCAAAUUGUUUCUUUUAUAUGAUCAUUCCCCUUUUAUCUUGAAAGGGAAAAAAAAAAUCCACUACCUUGUGUUCAACUGCAAAUAAUUUUUCAAUUUUCUCACAAAGUGAAAUACAGGUACCAGAUUUUGUAUUGAAAACCCAAACAAUAGCAUAAAUGGGUCGUGGAGUUAGCGCUGGUGGCGGACAGAGUUCAUUGGGCUACCUAUUUGGUGAUGGAGAGACAACUAACAACGAAUCGGCUGCUAAAACUGUGGGACAAACUGCAAACAAUAGCCUUUCUCAGAAAACUGCUUCUUCACCACCAAUGGACAAGCAAAUUCAGGCAGGCGUCCAUGGAAAUCUCAAAAAUAAUUACCAUCGAGCUGAUGGCCAGAACUGUGGUAACUUUAUUACGGAUCGGCCGUCCACCAAAGUCCAUGCUGCCCCCUGGCGGUGGAUCCUCUCUUGACCACCUCUUUGGUGGGAAUGGGAAUUAAUUUGUCUACUUUCCUAUGCAUGUAUCAUUUUUCUGGUGUUAACACCUACUCUUCUAAGAAAAUUAAAUAUCUCUAUCUUGAAGGUUCUGGGCCAAUCCUGUGCAUUUUUUUUUUAGUCUGAGUAUAAUCCUUGCGCACAGUUACGAGGUGCAGCCGUCGUUUGGA